GCCUGUCUAGCGUCGACUUACGGGAAUCAAGGGCGGUGGAAUGCAGCGGAAGAGCUGGAGGUGCAAGUGAUAGAGACUCGCAAGAAUAAGCUGGGAGCGGACCAUCCAGACACGCUGACCAGCAUGAACAAUCUGGCGUCGACUUACCGGAAUCAAGGGCGAUGGGAUGCAGCGGAAGAGCUGUUUGUGCAAGUGAUAGAGACUCACAAGAAGAAGCUGGGAGCGGACCAUCCUUUUACGCUAAUCAGCAUGGCCAAUCUGGCGUCGACUUACCAGAAUCAAGGGCGG